AGACGCAGUGUUUGGCUCGUUUUCCCUGUGCUUCAGAGUCUGAGCUUGAGGCAGCCUCAGGCUUUUGGCCAAGAUGGUUCUUUUGACCUGCGCAUGCCCAACAAAUGACGUGAGCCGAAGUAUGGAAGUUGAUAUUGAAGCAGAGGCAGAGAUGAUCCUCAAAGCCGAACAAGAGUUGGUGGAGCUACGCUGGAGUUUGCAAAGGGCGCGAUCUGAAGCAGAACAACAGGUCGAUGAUCUGAUGAAGGAGGUGAAAACAAACCAGGAGGCUUUGGCGAAGACCGAGCCCGAACUGGCGAAAGAGAUUAAGGAGACCGCGGAGAAGAUCAAAGAAGUCAAGGCUGAAAAAGCGGCAGAAGAAGCAGCUGCCAAAGAACAUGAGGCUGCGGUUGCAGCUGGAAGAGCUAAGGAGGAAGAGGAGCGCCAAGUGGCCGUGGCCGACUUCCUGAAGAAAUAUGGCUUCAAGUCCGUGAACAGUCCUAAAAGGUCCUUGCUGUGGUCCAGCUAUGCUUUGCACAAGGCUGCCAAACAGGGCGACGCAAGGAUGGUGGAAUUUCUACUCUUGGAAGGAGCUGUGAAAGAUCAGAAGGACUCCAGUGGCAAAACACCUGCGCAAAUUGCAAAAGCUGGAAAACAUACAGCUGUGCUGCGUGUGCUUGAUGAUGGCUCGCGUUCCGGUGCUCAUGGUGGGGCAUGAACCCUGGUGUGGAAGGAAAGACUUUGUUCUGCCUUGGACCAAUCUCUGAUAGCAGAAACCAAUCGGAGCUGGGUUCGCAUCACAAGCUUGUUAUGGCACAUCAGGAGUUCAAUUUGACCAGAGAGAAGUAGUCGGACUGGAAGGACUCAAAAGCUGUCCAACCAACCUCUGCAUUUUGCAUACCGCGAAUAGCUUUGUCUGGUUGCCUCGUGCAUUGGCAUGAGGUGCAACCAUACGGCAGGGCAGACACGUACUGU